GCCCAUCCAAAACGCAGGAAAUUCAGCCGUCGGCGGCGGCCAGGCCAAUAAAACUGCCGUAACGAACCAACACACGCAGCUCUGCCUCUCCUUCUCCAUAAACAGCAGCAGCAGCAGCAGCAGCAACGAAAAGUUGCAGCCACGCACCUGACCUGGUCACCAGAGAGCAAUCGCGCGGCCGGGGAGGGCAGCGCGCUCGGUCAUCAGAAGCAGAGGCGGCCUGCACUGCAGGGGGUGGAAACCGAAGGGGAGCGCGUCGACGGGCGUCGAGGCUGGCCGCCGCGAGGAUCCCGGCGCCCGUGCGCGCUGUCAUGGCGUGGUGGCGGAAGAAGGUGGUGUCCCCGGCGCGCCGCGCGUGGGCCGCCGUCUCCACCCGCGUCCGCGCGCGCAACACAGGCAGCGGCGGCAGCAUACUGAAGCUUCACGAGGAUGUGCAGACCUGUGGCUACAGGGACGUGCAGGUGAUGUUCGACAUCCUGACCUCGGAGCUGGAGGCGUCCACACACCGCCCCGCCAAGCACCACCACCAGCAGCAGCGCAAGCGGCCGCCGUGGCCGCCGUGGCCCAGCCACCGGUCAUCCUCCAUGAUCGCGGCCGCGCAAUAGAGGCCACGCACCACGACGCUGACUGACGGCGGCGUGGGCAUGGAGUGGAAAGCUAGCUGCGCGUCCUGUGGAUGAUGGCGCUGGUUAAUUAAUAAGCAAGCAGUUCAGUUAAGAACACCGGAUUAGCACUAUACUAUACUAGUACGUGAUGAUAGCUAUUAGUCCCCCUGCCCGUCUCUCCGGCGAAAGAGCGAAGAAAUCCAAGUCCAGCAGCGUCAAGGUAGUGUCAUAAGCUGGCUGGUCUGAAUGUGUUUGUACAUAGUACAUAGCACCUGUGCUGAAUUUUUCACAAUACUCGGAGAAAUAGAUGGAGCAAGAGGGGUUUGUUAUUUUUUCCUUCAAGUGUAUUAUGUCUGGUUAUGUUGCCAUUUGUAUGGUUCAUAAGCCCUUGAACAAUUUCUGAAGACUUUUUUCAAAAAAAAGUGAGAGGAUGUUAGCAGUAACA